ACUUUUAGUCUAACUUCAACCCUACCUCUCGUCGCCGAUCACCAAUACGAUAAGCGAACUUCUGACCAUGAACACUGUGCAAUUGAGCAAUCGCAAGUGCUGACACAUUUUCCAUCAAGAAUCCCACCAUCGGAUAAUCAGAUGGAGUUGUUGGAAUUACCGUAAUGAUUAUUUCACUGCGAGAUCUUACUUCGUUACCACAUAACACCUCAGCAACCAGUGCGUAGCGAGGUUUUCUGAGAUGCCCACAGAGAGCCAAUGUGCUGCCCACUGGGAAGCAGAAUGUCUUUCCUCGGUCAUCGCUGACAAAUGCCAAGUAGCAAUCGUUAGGUACAGACAUUUGAAAGUCGUGGAUUGUGGUGUUCACUGGAGCCAUGUCGGAAACGUUGAAAGCAUAGGUGGUUUUAGAAAAUACUGGAGGUGGAGCCAUAUUAGAUGAGAUUAGUUGCAAUUUGGAGCUCUUUAAAACUCUUCCAAAUUGCGAUUUGGCGUAAACUACAGUUUCAUCAUCAGUGAUUCCUCGUUCAACACUGACUUUAAGGUCAUUCGCAUCAACGAUUAGCUGAUCACUUCUCUUGGCCAAGAAAAUUGUGGUUCCAUAAGAUGACACAAUGGUUCCUUUCACAGCACUUUCGCUCAUAGUUACGUUUUCAUCAUGAAUGUUCGGGCUCUUCGGUAGCAUGUCAAGCAACACCACUUUGACGGUUAUCUGUUGGCUCUUGUCGCUGACUGUCCAUUGAAUGAAUGAUGGAACAUCGUCGGAUACGUGAAUACAGCUGUCGGUGGUGAUGAUUUCUACAGGAGCUGAGACAGAGGAUAUGAGAACUUCUUUCGGAGUGUCAAUGUCCGUGAUGAUAGGGCAAAAUGUAGCCUCAGUGUUCGUUACCGCAUAAAUCAGCUCAGCAUCUUCGAUUGCCGGUGGAUUAUCAUCAACGUCCAGAAGGUCAAUAACAAUUUGUGCACUGGCCCUUUGCGGUAUCUGUCCACGAUCCGUAGCAAUCACAUUGAAGAUGUACCGCCUCUGUGCCUCAUAGUCCAGUGGCCCAGAAAUCACAAGAGUUCCAUUUGGAAAUAUUUUGAACGGCAAUUCAUCAGCUUCUAUGCGGUAAAGUAGCUUCCCCGCAAGACCUGGAUCACAAUCCUCUGCAUAGACAACGCCCACCAUGUCACCAUGUUCGACAUCCUCCGAGACAGCAAAAUGGAAGAUUUUCUUUUCAAAAAUUGGUGGAUUGGGAUUGCCCUGGCUAA